AUGUGUGAUAAUACAAUAACAGAAGAGGACAAUAAUAAUAAUAAUCCCGAUCUUAGUUUAAAUGAACAUGAUGAAAAUGAGGAAAAUAAGGAAAAUGAUGAAAAUAGGAAAAAUGAUGAAAAUAAGGAAAAUGAGGAAAAUGAUGAAAAUGAUGAAAGCACACCUACCGGAAAAAAACAUAUUAUACUUAAAUUAAAGAAAUAUAAUAGUGGGUUCUCGGGAAAUUUGGCUAUGGAAGCCAUGAAGAAGGCAUCCAAAAUUAUCGCUGAUAAGGAAAGAAUUUACAAAGAAUAUAGCGGAGUUGGAUUAAGUAACAUGGAACCUGUCUCUGAACAAAAUAACCAUUUGAAUUAUGAUACAACAGAUAAUGUAGACGAAAAUCCACCCAGCCUUAAUACGAUUCCAUUGCAAAAGAAGUUCUUGUUAGGAGCAAAGGCAGUUUUACCAGGGAAUAAUCAAGAACUAUUGGAAAAAUUGAAAGCCAGAAAAAUUUAA